CCAUCGGUUACUAAUAACGAUAUUAUAGUAGAAAUUAAUGAUGAUGAUGCCCAAGACUUAUUUGACAAUGAUAUAAGUGAUGAAGAGAAAGAAGAGGAGGAAGAGAAUGAACAGGCUUAUAUGCCAAUUAAUAUUGAUCUUGACGAAUUCGCUACUGAGAAUCUACUUCGUGAAGAGUAUAAUGAAAUGAAAAAUUCUAUAAAUAAAGAGGAAAAAAAUGAUAGAACAGAGGUUAAAUCAACUAUUGUAAAGAAAGCUAAAAUUGAGGAGAUUUCUGACUAUUUAAAGCUUGAAAAAAUUGAUAUUGAUUGUGAUCCUUUCGA